AUGAGCAAGAAAAAGGGACUUUCGGCUGAAGAAAAGGUCGAAAAAGUGGCAGGGUGGUUCGAAUCCCAUCCCGAGCCCUAUACCCUCAAGGAGUUGCAAUCGCUCAUCCCCAAAUCCACCGGAGUGAUCUACCAAAGCAUCGAGGAGUGCGUGGAGAUCCUCGUCGCGGAGAACCGACUCCAUCAGGAGAAGAUUGGGGUGCAGACGUUGGUGUGGAAAUUCCCACUCACGGAGCUGCAAAAGCAACACGCCCUCGCGAUGGAGUUGAAAACCGUCAAAAAUUCGAAAACCCCGGCCGCACGGCUCGCCACGAUGAGCGUAGCCGCCCUUCAGGCGCGGCGUCGGAUCCUGGGGGAGAAUUUAACGCGUCUGAACGCGGCGAUUCUUCAACGGCAAGGCGAGGUGGGAUCACCCACGGAAUCAAAAUCGGAAAUGCAGCAACUCGAAACCCUCACACGGCGGCGAGCGCGGCUUCGAACGGAGCUUCAGCAGCUCGCGGCGUUCGAUCCCGGGGUGAUGGAUAAACUUCACGCCGCGAUCACGAUCGCCGUGGAGGCGGCGAACCGCUGGACGGAGAACUUCUUCCUCCUCGAGAAUUACAUCACGAGUCGGAUGGGGCAAAGCUCGAAAGAGUUGCGUGCGUUGUUAUGCAUUCCGAGCGAGUUCGAUUACAUCGACGAUGGUGUUCUUUCGCGGGAGAAAUCCCCGGCAAUGGAUGCGAAGAAGACGCAUCCUUCGUCGCCAGGGGUGCAAUUAUGCGCGGCCUCGGCGUUACUCCUUCCAGGUGGACGCAGUCGUGAUUCGGAGGAUCACCCCCUUUCAACGGCGGCAAACACGAAACCAAGCGAGUGUGAUCGGGCAACAUCAAAUCAAAAUUCGUGUAGCAACCCCCUUCCGCCGUCUGAAAUCGUAAACCCCCCGAAAGAAGCCAACGAAACGACGGAGCAUAAAGAGGUGGAGGUGGAGGUUGUAAUGGACUCGAGCACUCAAAGCCUUGAAAAGGAAAACGAUUUAACGGGAAGCUCGUCGAGUGGGGGGACGAAACCCUCGCCGCCGUUACGCAACACGGCAAAGAACACCAACGGGAAGGGGAGAAAUCCACCGAAAGAGCCCGCUUCGGCCGCGUUGCGAAGCUCACCGGAGCGCAACGGCGCCGCCGUGAAAAGCAAAGGAAAGGAAACGAAGGAGGAACUCCCCAAAGAAGCGGGUAAUUCACGAGCGAAAACUCCUUUGCCGGUUAACGGAGGCAAACGAGCGAGCUCGAGUCGCGCGGGGGAAGAAAAAAAAACGAUAAAAGUACCGCGUGUGGAGGUUCAACAACCCAAUAAACAUGAUAAAAAGAAAUAA